AUGCUUGUCCUAGUUGUAGAUGACGACGCGAUUGUGCGAAGAAUUCACAGUAUGUUCUUCAAAAAACACGGAUUUGAAACAAUGGCGGUGGAAAACGGACAAGAGGCUGUCAACUUGUAUCGAUCGGGCACGCGGUUUCACUUGGUUCUAAUGGACAUGGAAAUGCCUGUUAUGGAUGGCCCCAAGGCAACAAGAGAGCUUAGAGCCAUGGGAGUAAACAGUAUGAUAGUAGGAAUAACUUCUUGCGAUAAAGAUGAAGAGCGACAAGCAUUCUUGGAAGCAGGUCUCGACAACUGCUACAACAAGCCAUUGACAACUAAUGUCGUCGUUUCUCUUGUACAAGAUCUUGCGAACAAGAACCAAUAA